UCUACCAUCUAUGCUUUCACCGAAGGAGCCGUUUAGCUGUUUUUGUUAGCAUGCUAGACAGUUUUUCUUCAUAAAAUAUCACUAAAUAGGAGGGCGUCGUAACAUAUUAUGUCCUCCAACAACAUGGCAGACCCGAGAAGACAGAAUAAGAUUUUGCGGUACAAACCUCCCAGCGCAGAGAGCAGCCCCACAUUGGAAGACCCCACGCCUGACUACAUGAACCUGCUCGGCAUGAUCUUCAGCAUGUGUGGACUGAUGCUGAAGCUGAAGUGGUGUGCAUGGAUCGCAGUCUACUGCUCUUUUAUCAGCUUUGCCAACUCCAGAAGCUCAGAGGACACCAAACAGAUGAUGAGCAGCUUCAUGCUGUCCAUCUCUGCAGUUGUGAUGUCCUACCUCCAGAACCCACAGCCAAUGUCACCACCGUGGUAACCAAGAGCCAAUCACAGAAAAGCACGGACGUGAAGUCAAGGCAGUGAAGCGGGAGAGGAGACGGGAAGAGGAAAAAAGAGUCGGGGAACAAAUGAUUUGGAGAGCUGGUCAGCAAAAACAACAAGAUGCUGACGUGAUCUUUGCACCGUUCACCGUUUUGGUAACUAUUUGACAGAUGUAUAUCACAGGCUGGUGCGAUUAAAGUUAUUUCGUUUUAGAA